AUGGUCCCCCGCCGGUUCAGUCGUCGUCUUCUUGCAGUUGCAACCGCCAUUGCGUUCUUCUUUCUUUACCACAUCGGCAUCUUCUCCGAUCGGGAUCGCCAAUGGCGUCCUCACUUCAUAUCAACGCCAGAUAUCCCCCUAGUCCUCGAUGAAAACGGGGAACCGGCCCCAUUCUGUCCACCCUUACCUGGCAUGGAAGAUGUACUUGUGGUAAUGAAGACCGGAGUGACAGAAUCCCGCGACAAAGUCCCCAUCCACUUCAAAACAACCUUACGAUGCAUCCCCCACUUCGUAAUAUACUCCGACUUCGAAGAAGAAAUCGAAGGCGUCAAAAUCCACGAUGUCCUCCGCGACAUGGACACCUCCGCAAAGAAUAACCCGGACUUCGACUUCUACCACCGCAUCCUCAAAUACGGCCGCAAGGGUCUAGAACAGCAUGAUUUCGCCGACGAAGCCAAUUCCGCAAUCGGAAAACCAAACAACCCAGGCUGGAAACUCGAUAAAUGGAAGUUCCUCCCAAUGGCACAGGAAGCGCUACGCUACAAGCGAGACGCAAAAUGGUUUAUCUUCAUCGAAGCAGACACAUACAUAUCCUGGCCAACGGUCCUGACCUGGCUGGCCCGGUUCGACCACACAAAACCACACUAUCUCGGCACGGAAACUCAGAUCGCGGACGUCAUCUUCGCCCACGGUGGCUCGGGCUUCGUGCUCUCCAACCCGGCCCUGCAACGUGCCUCCGACGAAUACACUGCGCGCGAGGUCGAGCUGAAUGUUUUCACAGACCAACAUUGGGCCGGCGACUGUGUACUCGGCAAGGUUCUCAGCGACGCAGGCGUCAAUCUACACUUCACAUGGCCAAUCCUUCAAAAUUCCAACAUCGGCGAGCUGGACGAGUUCACUACAGACUUCUACCGGAAACCAUGGUGUUUCAUCGCCGUAUCCCUCCACCACCUCUCACCGGGUGAGAUCGAGAACCUAUGGAAAUUUGAACAAAAGCGCUGGCGUGAUAAAAAUAAACGCAUCCUCCUCCACGGUGACCUCUUCCGCGAAUACAUCUUCCCAGAAAUAAGCAGUGAACCCACCCGCCAAAGUUGGAACAACAUGGCCAGCGAAGAACAGCCCUUCGCCAAGACCUUCGAAGACUGCCGCCUUAUCUGCGAAACACAGAAAACAUGUGUGCAAUUCUCCUUCCACGAAAAUACAUGCUUCACGAGUCUGAAUCCACGUCUCGGACAUGCCGUUCCGGGCGGCGAUGCGACGUCAGGCUGGAUCCCAACUCGGAUUCGUGCUAUGACGGAGAAAAAUGGGUUGUGUAAGAAGCCUGAUUUCGGUGAUUGA